GAAGAGUGGACUACUCCAGCAGCAUGUUCAUCUCUGUACUGAUAGUGCUGGCGGCCUGCGUCCAGAGCCAAGUCUUUGGAUGCUCUGGAAAUCACUGUGGUGUAAUUCCGGGAAGUGGAUUUAAUGGUGGUCAUGGAGGCGGCUAUGGAGGAGGACAAGGUGCUGGAUUUGGUGGUGGACAAGCUGUUGGGAGUGGAUUUGGCGGUGGAAAAGCUGUCGCUAGUGGAUUUGGUGGUGGACAUGGAGUUGGUGGAAUUGGAUUUGGUGGUGGACAAGCUGUCGCCAAUGGAUUUGGUGGUGGACAAGCUGUCGGCAGUGGAUUUGGUGGUGGACAAGCUGUCGGCAGUGGAUUCGGUGGAGGACAUGGAGCUGGUGCAAGUGGAUUUGGUGGUGGACAAGCUGUUGCCAGUGGAUUUGGUGGUGGACAAGCUGUCGCCAAUGGAUUUGGUGGCGGGCAGGCCGCAGGCAGUGGGUUUGGUGGUGGACAUGGAUGUUGUAAUGGACAAACUGUCGCCAAUGGAUUUGGUGGUGGACAAGCCGCAGGCAGUGGGUUUGGUGGUGGACAUGGAUUUGGUAAUGGAAAAGCUGUUGGCAAUGGAUUCGGUGGUGGACAAGCCGUAGGGAGUGGGUUUGGUGGUGGACAAGCUGCUGGGAGUGGAUUUGGUGGUGGACAAGCCGUAGGGAGUGGAUUUGGUGGUGGACAUGGAUCUGGUGGCAUUGGAUUUGGAGGCGGACACGGAUCUGCUGGGAGUGGAUUUGGAGGUGGAAAAGGAGCUGUUGGGAGUGGAUUUGGUGGCGGACACGUAUCUGGCGGCAGCGGAUUUGGAGGCGGACAAGGAGCCGUAGGGAGUGGAUUUGGUGGUGGACACGGAUCUGGCGGCAGUGGAUUCGUAGGUGGACAUGGAGGUUAUGGAGGUGGAUACGGUAGUGGAUAUGGAGGUGGAUAUGGCAAAACUGGCGGAAGAGGAUGCGGUGGUAGAUUUGGAAGAUAGUUCUAGUUAAAAAAGAAUGUAGAAGUAAAUAUUUGACAAAAUAAUUAAUAUUCUGUAAGUUCCGAAGGUAUGAUAAUGCAAUAUUAUUCUAGAAAAAAUAAAUAAAGUUUAUU